UCAAUCUCUAUGUCGAUAUAACUAUGUGAAGUCACACCGAACUCUGUGUUUAUCACACACUCCACCGACUGAACAGAGCUCUACAGGGAACAAGCCAAGCCCGAAGGAGGGAGCUCCACAACAGAGAGCAUCAAUGGCGGAGGAGGUGAUUCUGCUGGACACAUGGGUGAGCCCGUUCGGGAUGCGUGCCAGGAUCGCUCUAGCCGAAAAGGGGAUCAAGCACGAGCACAGGGAAGAAGAUUUGGGGAACAAGAGCGAUCUGCUGUUGAAGAUGAACCCGAUUCACAAGACGAUCCCGGUUCUGAUUCACAACGGGAAGCCCGUCUGUGAGUCUAACAACAUCGUUCAGUACCUGGACGAGGUUUGGCCCGAUAAGUCCCCAUUGUUGCCCUCGGAUCCUUACCUCAGGGGUCAAGCUAGGUUCUGGGCUGAUUUCGUCGAUAGGAAGGUCUUCGAUGCAGGGCGGAAGGUAUGGGCGACGAAAGGGGAAGAGCAGAAAUCCUUGAUGGAGGAGUUCAUAGGGCACCUGAAAACACUGGAAGCAGAGCUUGAUGGCAAGCUGUAUUUCGGAGGAGAGAAGAUGGGCUAUGUGGAUGUGACAAUGGUGCCAAUCUACUCAUGGUUCCAUGCCUAUGAAGUGAGUGGCAACUUCAGCUUUGAAUCCCACUGCCCCAAGCUGGUGGCAUGGGCCGAGAGGUGCAUGCAGCACGACAGCGUGUCGAAAGCUCUACCCAGCCCCGAGAAGGUCUACCAGUACGUUCUGCAGCUCAGAAAGAGGCUUGGGAUUGAGUAGUACACUGAGGAGUCUGUGUCGACAUGUAGGGAGCUAGUUAGUCUGUGUUCUUGAGUUUUUUUAUGUUAUGUGCCUUUGAGAUUGUAGGGUUGGUGUGUCUUUAGGAGGGGCACUUAAAUGUGUCAUUCAUCAAUCUACUGCUGUUGAGUGCUGUAGUAGUGUUGUUAUGUUAAAAAUCCAUUGCGCAGACUCCUACAUACAGAACACUCCAGCUAAAUGAUCCUGGGAAUUAGGUCCUUCUAGAAAGCAUAAUUUCCAAAACCACACCAUUUUUGUAUCAUAUUGUUUUGAAUAUGAUGUAUUGCAUUUGCAUACUCUAGGUAAUGUUAUGAUAUGAUAUACUGCGUGGGCUUCUGGUUUUUGCAUUGAGUUGGUUGUUUUUGCGUUUGGAUUCGCCAGGCUGUUUGGCCAGGUUGUGGCUGGAUCUUCAUUCGUCUCCUUGCUUGUGCGGGUGUUCUUGGUCUUUGUUGUUUUCCCUUCGGGUUAAUUGCAUUGUUGGUUACUGAGAUUACAAAAAACGUUCAUGUUUGAUCACUCGAAAUAUUUAAAUCCAUUCAUGAUCACUACAUUUAGUAAAACAUUCCAAAUUUG